GGUACCAGUACUGGAGGCGUGAGCAGACUGCUUGCAUCAGGCACAUAUCUCUGUUUCAAGCCACAUAACUCUGUUUCCCAUGCUGUCUGUUUUGGCAAAUUUUGGGAUAUGGCCGGCCACUGUGUUUGCUAUACCCUGUGUUUGCUAUACCGGUACCAGUACUGGAGGCGUGAGUUAAAUCUCUUUCCGCACACAGAUGAUUUUUUACGAGUGCGUCCCAGCCACCUACCGGUGGACCACCGCUACGCUCAAACAACACACUCUCGACGCCUUUCAGCACCUCUCAGCUCGACACCUCGGGUGUUGAUAUUAUAGUAAUAGAAGGACAGGACAUCACUCAUUCACACACUUGACGCGUACUCAGUAGUGUAGGAGUGAGUCGAGUCGAGUCGAGUCGGUUGACAAAGAGGCGACAGCAAAACGAGCAGAAACACAUCCGUUCUUGUUGUUGUUGUUGCCAUGGGGAUUAGUUGACGGAGAGCGGGCGGUGGAAAGACGGAGAAGUCGAUGACGUGGUGACUGCACCCGCACUUUCUUUUUUCAAAGCGGAUCCAAGAUCGAAGCAUUCCAUUCGAUUCGAUUCGAUUCAUCAUUCUUCGAUUGAAUGAAUUACAUGUACUCAAUUCAAUCGAAUAAUCAGCGUCCCGAUGACCGCGGAUCUGGUAGCUUCUAUGAUAGCUAGCAGCUUGCAGCACAAGCGCACAAAGCCACAGCGAAAGUGACUGCCGCUCGCUUCCACUCUUGCAGUAUUGAAACCUCUUAGCAUGUUAUAAUGGUGUCCAAAGGUUAUCUGAUGGUCUCAAAGCAAGGGUAGAAGUAGAGAGAUCCCAAGGUCUGAAAUGAGCUCUUGGAAAUGGCUGAGACGAUCUCUGUUGACUUUGUUGUUGCCUGAAGACCAUGAUGAUAAUGAUAACCACUGCUCGACUGCAUGAGUGUGGCUGGCUUGUGGCGGCUGGAGGCAUCAAUUCGAGAAUGGAACGAACGAGUUUUCGUGCAGCCUCACACAACCUGCCGUGCCCUGGAAGAACGAAGAUUGAACUUGUCGACUGAUAUUGCUGGCUUGAGGGCGACACCUACAGAAAAAACAACGGCGGAGUCAGAAACCAAGAGUAAGUUGAGGGCGACCAGACUACAACAGCAACAGUAACAACAACAAGGAAAAGACUCCGCAAUCGACACUGCGGUGUCAGAAGUUGCUGUGGAGGAGCUUUUAAGGGUUGCUGUGGAGGAGCUCCCGGCAUUCCACAGCAGGAUCGACAAGACCGCGCUAGCCACCAUCUCAAGAAGGCAACACAAUGCGUGCGCACUAUUUUGGAAUGCAAGGAACUCGGCUACUUGGUACUAGAUCUACAGGAAGAUACUAGCCAAGCAUGGAGAACCGCGGUCUCCUAUGAUGUUUCAAAAAGAGGCUGUCGAAGGUCCUAUAGGUCUGCUACGGGUGGACUGAAGAUCUUGACUUCCGCUUCCUCAUUCUUAUGAAAUGCAGGACCAAACUAUUUGCCUAUCGUUGUAUAGAGAGCGUCAAACUCCUCUCGAAUCGAAUCAUUGCUUCUACAAAUCCAUCUAGAUCAGUGCAGACAGCACCACUUUGAGUGCCUUCUUCAAUAGAAGGUGUUGCUACCGAUAGUAGACGAGUAGUUGAUGGGUAUAUUGCGAGGGUAGCCCAGAGCUGUUGCUUGUGUCAGUGUGCAACAGCCCAGGAAAUGGUUGUGGGGGCUACAUAACGUACCUGUACCGUCGACGGUACACGUACCUGGCACUUUAGAAGCCUGUACUCAACCGGCAUGCAGCGGUAAUUACCAAAAGGCCAUGGCCAAACAUCAGGGAUUUUUCUUAAUCCCCAGUUUCUACCAGCGGAUCUUGACUUCCUGUUUUUGCUGGAUGUGGUGCGAAACCACAGCCUUGGCUGGCAGAGGAAUGACCACAUUACUACAAUCAACAAUCCUCCUCCACUGCCUUCAAUUCCUGCUAUCCAGGUCUGUGGGCGUUGGGACGAUCGAGGUGUUUUGAUCUCUUCCGCUAGUCUUUGUCCUUUGAUCCGCUCAGCCCUCAGCCCUCCUCCAUAACCACCCUUUCCUUCGUUGGUUGUGCCAUAGUCCACUCGAACCUGUAUUAACUUCUCGUCACCGGGUCCCCGCUAACCAUCCCAGCACAAUAAAGAUCAGCACGCAAACUGUGUGGGAUCAUAGGAUGCCUUGGAAAUCGGACAAAUGGGAGCUGCCACAAGGCACUAAGGGCACGCAAUUGGCGGGCUGUGGUAACUACAAAAGUGUUGCACAUCACUUGGUUUUCCAACUCAACAAACAAUGCGAACAUGGCAAGUCCGGCAGAUCUGGCUAUAGUGCCUGCAAAUGCUGGGACAAAAAUGUAGUCAUCCCUGAGGAAACUGUCAAAUGGUUUUCGGUGUAUCAACGCACCUCCAAUUCUGGCCGACAUCUCUUGUUGAAGAGAGUAAAAGAUGAUAUGGAUCAGUUCAUGCAACAAAGCAACAGGGAAAAGAUGAGUGCAAAGAUACAAAUUCCUGGAAUGCCGUGUCGCAUCUGUAUCCCAAAACUCCGUGUUCUUCUAGAUAAAAAAAUUAGCUGCAAUAAGAUCCAAAAUGGGCCAACAAACAAGGAUUGGAAAAGGGUGCUCGGCGCAAUUCCAAAGGCAGCAGAUCCUUCCACUGUCCCUCUGCACCGCCCCUUCAGCAAGAUGCCCAAACUCAACAAGCCAAAAACUGCAUUGGAAGACGAUGAAAAGGGGCUCCCUGAGGCUGCUUUCAAACCCCUCAUUCUCAGGCUGAAUUGCAAGGACGGCUAUAUUACAGUGCGCAGGUCAAUUGACCAGCAGAGUCGACAAAUCCAAAAGAAGCGAGCGCCACAUGAACCAGGGGGGGUGCAACCACAACAAGAUUCAAGGAAGAGGACAAGAUCUGCACCGGAAUCUUACAACAGAAAUUAUCAUCCCAUUGAAAAGCAAAAAUUCCCACCCAUACAUGACUACGACCCUGACCAACUCAUCAACAUUGAUGUCCUACGGAAAAUGCACGAAAAGUUCAAAGACAAACCAGUCCAUCAAGACACAAUGAUCAAUGUCCUAGCCCACGGAGAGCAUGGGAAGAAACCUGACGAAUGCAUCCUUUGGUAUAGCGAAAAAGGAGACAUUAUCCAAGACAUCGUGGAAGAAAUCUACAGAGAGCUCGGAAAGCACAUCCAGUUUGUCUACAAUGCCAUCACAAGCGACAAUUGCAUGCUGGACGAGGACCAAAAGAAGGAAUGGAAAAGGAUGGUCCAAAAGUGCAAGAUGGAACCAGACUUUCUUAAAAACAACUACGAGGCCAUUCUGGACAAGAGCAACGAAGAGUACUACAAUGAUGUCAUUGCUGGACAGCAUCCAUUCGAAGGAUGCCUUGGGGCUGCUACACAUCAUAUGCAGCGGGACUGGCAAUUUGAUUUGACAUAUUACCCGGCGCACGUUGACACGGUAGAUGGGAUCGUCAUGUUCUGGUCAAUGCAGCAGACAAUCCCAGAAUGCCAACAAACCAAGAGCUACAACCUGGUUGCCAUUCCAGAUGAAGCUGAUGAACCAUUCUUUGACGAGUCGGAGGGCUACGCAAGCUACAAACGGUACAAGGAAUCAUUGUCCGAAAAAGAGCAGCAACAGGUGAAAGCGGUGGAAACAGAAUUUUUUGAUACUAUCAACCGUUGCAACGAUCAAAAACAAAAAACCAAUGAACACCGUUGUUAUCGCAUCAUGGUAUAUGAGCUGGUGGGUGGUUCGAGACUUGUUUUUGCGGCUGGCAAAUACCCACACACUACCAUCAUCCGAGGCCGAGAAAACCCAGCAGGAGCUCAAAAUGAAGGUGCAAAAGUUCAUGUGAAUAAGUUUCGUCGUUCCUUGCUGGUGAUGCAUCAAUUGGAAAUAAGUCAAGGAUAGCCCUCGAUCCUGCACGUAAGCUUAUGUCUGUAGUUCCAUCAUUGUCAUAGAAUAGCUGUGGUUGUAGGAUCUAUUCGCAUACUAGAAGCGCUUGUUCCGACCGCCUGAAGCAGGAGUUCUCUUAUCAAUCGCGGACACGCGGCAUUUCUUCAUCUA